UUGUUAUUGGAUGUUGCGGGACCGUCCUAAGACGGCGGCUUCUGAUUCGUCAGCCUGUGGCAGUGGAGUUUGAAUUGGUGGCGGUUAGCCGUGGCUGGAGCAGCGAAGUGUUCCUCAGCUCUUGUUUUGGGACCACAGCCCCCGCCGAGGCGCCAUGGCUCCUAGGAAGGACAGCAGUCGGGCGGCCAAGACCAACUCCUUACGGAGCCGGAAGCUCGCCUCCUUUCUUAAGGACUUUGACCGAGAAGUGGAAAUACGAAUCAAGCAAAUUGAGUCAGACAGGCAGAACCUCCUCAAGGAGGUGGAUAACCUCUACAACAUCGAGAUCCUGCGGCUCCCCAAGGCGCUGCGCGAGAUGAACUGGCUCGACUACUUCGCCCUUGGAGGAAACAAACAGGCCCUGGAAGAGGCAGCAACAGCUGACCUGGAUAUCACCGAAAUAAACAAGCUAACAGCAGAAGCUAUUCAGACACCUCUGAAAUCUGCCAAAACACGCAAAGUAAUACAAGUGAAUGAAAUGAUAGUGGAAGAAGAAGAAGAAGAAGAAAAUAAACAUAAGAAUCCUCAAACUGCAAGGGUUAAAAGGUGUCCUCCAUCCAAGAAGAGAACCCAGUCCGUACAAGGAAAAGGCAAAAGGAAAAGGUCCAGCCGUGGUAACACUGUUACCCCAGCUGUGGGCCGAUUGGAGAUGUCCAUGAUAAAACCCACUCCAGGCCUGACACCCAGGUUUGAUUCGAGGGUGUUCAAGACGCCUGGCCUGCGUACUCCAGCAGCAGGAGAGCGGAUUUACAAUAUCUCAGGGAAUGGCAGCCCUCUUGCUGACAGCAAAGAGAUCUUCCUCACUGUGCCGGUGGGCGGUGGAGAGAGCAUGCGAUUAUUGGCCAGUGACUUGCAGAGGUUCAAUAUUGCCCAGCUGGAUCCAGAGGCCUUGGGAAACAUUAAGAAGCUUUCCAGUCGUCUUGCCCAAAUCUGUAGCAGCAUACGGUCCCACAAGUGAGAAGCGAAAUUUGAUAGGAUGGACUUUGAAUGGGCACUUCUGGGACCCUAAGAGACCUCUUCCCUUCGGGAUUACUGUUGGUUUGCGUGUGAAGUUCCAAAGCAGGGAGUGGUGUUCCUCUUGGGGAAUUCAGGAAGGGGGAGACACACUGUUCACACAUCAGUUAGAUAAAGCUUUGCUGUUCAGCCCCUCAACCCAGGUGACCCCAGCCACUGCCUGCUGCAUCAUGCAAUGGAAACUUCUAGUCUUUCUUCCAGCUGAAUUCUCCCUGCUCUCUGAGCUGCUGCCUUCUACCUCCUGUAACUCACCCUCUUUGGCCUGCCCUAUCUGUAACAGAAGCGGUGUGAAAGAACCCCGUGUUCUCAGGAAGACUGCCUAGCCACCCUCUUCAGAGAACCUCUGCAUCUGUCAUUUCUGCUCCAUGUAUAUUUGUGGCUGGGGUGUUUAGGCUCAGAGAAGUGAGGACUCUGAGCCAUGAGAGGGUAGGUCCAGGAAUUGGCCUGGGGGACUAUGCAGAUCAGCAGAGUGGAGCAGGAUACACGUGUCCCCUCCCACAUCAUUCCCUCUUCCUCCUGUCAGGCAUGCUAAAUGAGUUUUGGGAUCUUUCAUUCGCUGUGCCCAGUAUUUCCAUCCAAGGUGACUCAUGGCAGACACAGUACUUUGUGUUUAUCCCUGUUUACUGAAGACCAAAAAUUGGUUUAGAGAGCAUCCAUGUCUUGCUCCUCUACCUCCCUAGUUAGUGGGAAUUUGGAUAAGGGAAUUGUAGGGCUUAGAUUCUAGGGGUUUUCUGUGACUGGCUGCAGAGUAACCAUCUCUGAGCUAUCCAUGGUCCCUGCCAUGUCUGUAGACUCUGCAAAGAGCGCUUCUGUCUUAUGGGGUUCAUGAGGAUGGGGGGGCUGUAUGAUUUGUCUGGGGGCCUCAUUCCAUGUAUUUAGCCUGUGCCCUAAACUCAUUAGGAGGAAUCAGCAGUGAGAUCCUCGUGCUUCAGCCAGUCUCUCUGCCCAGGGAAUUAGGCUGUGUUCCAAGAAUUUAGGAACUAGAUUCCUUAUUCCCAGGCUUGAGGGCACAUGGUUUUUUCAUGUAUGGCUCUUUGUUGUAUUUGGUAUUAUUUUGUAACAAAACCAUUCUAGUAAUUCAGUCCUGUUCAAGUUGAAUUCUUUCUGUGCGAUUUUUGUACAUAUUAUUUCUCUGAGUAAUGGUAUCUCUAAGCUGAUUUGUUCUAAUCAGAGCUACUGAAAGGUACCUAUUUCAAUAAAGUGUGGUUUUAUGUUUUC